CCAUAAGGUUAGCGUGGUAACCGUUAGCGGUGACAACAAUGAGAAAAUCUAACGAGUUUCGCUUUUUAUUCCGUACUAUAUGUACAUUAAUCGCAACAGUAUUAAGAUUCCGAAAUGUCAGUGCUGUGAGCACUGUUAUUUUGACGCUCGUUACCGACCGAAUAAUGAACUUUAUUUAAAAUGAUAUCAGAAUACAUCUGGUAUUAUUUGCUAACGUUAGCCUGUAUAGCAGGUCCGCUAGCUAAAGUAAACGUUCUCAUUGGUUCCAUCGUUUUACUGCCAUAGUUAUUUACUUCAGCACUGAGUCUCAGGAUGUUGAAAGAAGGCGAGGACGCACACCCGAACACUGCCCUUAGUGAUACUUGGCUAGUACAAUAACAUAUCCAGAGUCAGUCGGCAACACCUAACCAGCUAUUUUAGUUGGUGUUUGAUUUUACAGUAACGCUAGCAUGUAACUGAACGUAGUUAACUGUACUUUGUCGGGACUGUGGUUGCACGCACUUUCCUGUCAGAUACUGAAAGAAGCACAGUAGGUAGGGGGAAGGAAGUGAGUACAGUUUAUAAGCUAAAGCAGGAGGACUGCAGCUUUAUACACAGUAGUUCAACUUUUAAGGAAGAUGAACCACAGAUCUCUCCUUUUUGUCUUUUGAAAGUAUAGUUUUACUCAAGAUGGAGACGGUUCAGGACAAAAUUGUGGCCUUGGUAGAGAGGCACCCAGCUGGUAUCCCCCUUAAAAAGCUGGCUGUAUUCUACAACCAGACAUAUCGCAGCAACCUGACUGUAUCCUCCCUGGGCUUUGACUCCAUGGCUAGCCUGGUAGCCUCUUUGGAUAGAGAUCUGGUUGUAAAAGGGGAACUGGUGUUUCACAAAAGCCAUUGUGGUGCAAGUCGGGCCAAAGUUGGAGCUGGGACUGAAGCUAGGACUGAAGCUGGGGCAUCAGUAAAAGCUGCAGAAGAUGGGAGAAUUGACAAGGUUCUGGAAGAAAUUGUUUCCAUGAUAAAAGAGCAUCCAGAAGGGGUUCCUCUGAAGAUGGUGGCUAUAGCCUACAACAAGAAAUACCGCCAAAACCUGACCUUAGCCUCCCUGGGCUUCAAAACUAUUUCCUGUCUCAUAGCAUCUUUGAAAGAGGAUCUAGUUGUUAGAGGGGAAAUGGUGUUCCAUAAGCUCCACCAGCCUCUGAGUGAGCCUGGAACUGUGAAAUCAGCAAAUGCUAAAGAGGACAGCAGGCCUGCAACUCCACAGAGGACUGAAUUGCUUGCAGCUACCCCAAGUGUUACCAUGCCACAAGUGGAUGUCAGUUCUCCCCAUGUGCCUCCCACACAGGCAACAGUGAACCUUUUAGGCCCCCCCUUGAUUUCCUCUGCUUCUUUAUUCUCCACCGCCUGUGCUGUUCCUGUCAACACACCUUUUACCGUGUCCAAGCCAGCUGAGAAUUUGACCCAAGAGCAGCUGUACGAGAGGGUCAUAAAGGUGAUAACGCAGUACCAGCUGAGAGCUCCUUCCAUGGACCAGCUCCAAGCCAGCUACUUUCAGCUUUUUGGUGAACAGCUUCCUCUCUUACAGUACAUGUCUCUGUAUGACACCUGGGAGGCAUCGAGCCACAAGAGGCUGACCACUCAACCUGAAACAACAGCACAUCCAGAAAUUGUGAUGGGGGCAACUGCAGCUGCACAGAAUCUGACAAUAGAGCCUGUAAAAGACCAACAGCAACAGGACAUUCUGUCCAACUUCCUCUCUGCGUCUGACUUUCCAGCACUGGGCGAAGAUGUAAGCUUGACCAAAGAGAAGAAGAGCAAAAACAGAGGUGCAACUCAGAGAGAGAGCAAUGCCCCUGUGUUUAGAGAGGCCUAUAACGCCCAGUUGAGAGAGGUCCAUGGAGCUAAUAUGCGGGCAGUAGAGGCUAUGGAGAAGGACGAGGACGAGCUCACAGGGAGGAGAGUCAAAAGAGCGCUGGAUCCAGAUAUGGUCAACAGUCUGAUGAAAGAGGUGAUACGAGAAAUAGCUGCAGAGGGAGAGCUGGUCACCAAAGACAAGGUGAUAUCCAGGGUGUGCGAGUUGAUGCAGAUUCCCUCUUUGGAAGCGGGAAAGAUAAAACCGUGGGCGACUCCGGCUCUUAAAGACCUUCAGUACACAAUGAGAGAGGUCAACAUGUUCAUAGAGAGUACUGAAGCAGUGGCAUCCAUAUGUACCCUGUAUGAGCUGGGCCGGUCACUGGCUGCCUUGAAGGACAAGAAGCACUAUGAAGAGCUGAACCUGGGGCCCCUCUGCAAACUCCCCCUCGUCCACCGCAUGUUCAAAAUCGACAGUAACACUAAAGAUGAUGAUAUCCACCAGAUUGAGACAAUAGACAUCUUAAAGCAACUUCGCAUUUACAGGAGGCAGCACAGCAAGCCGAAAGUAGACCUGGCUGAGUUCAUGAAGUCUCUAGCUGACCACUACAAAUGUGAUUCUCCCUAUGAGCUGGGUAUCAGGAUACACAGCGUUGGGCUGCCCAUAGCGACCCUUAUAAAGGUGAGUCGUUGUGAGCACACCAUCAUGGAGCAAGCCAGGGAGGCCAUCCAGAAAGAGCUGGAGGAGGAGAUCCACGAGCGGAUGAGGAAGAUAAAGAAAAGCGUGUUGGACCCAGUGCAAGGAGCGGGUUCGCCCUUCUCCUCAGGCAGCCUGGAACUCAGGAAAAGAUACGCCUCCAUGUCGGCAUCCGAGGUCGUACUGGCAGUCUUCACCAACGUGGAGGGGGUUUUUAGUCCCAGAAUGGCCAGGCAUAUCCAGAACUUCCUGCUGCAGGUGUCAGAAAACCGGCUGGCAAAGGCUCUGUUUCAGCUGGCCAUCUGUGGAGGCUCCCUGGCAGUCCCACAGGACCUGGUGCCCAAAGACAAGGCAUCCAAAAGCAGUGAACAAGCAAAAACAGAGGACAAAGCCGCCACAUACAUCCCCAGUGAAGCCAAAGUGAAGCAGUACCUUAAAGACAGCAUGUCCUCUCACAACUCAAUCUUCACUUUGGCCAACUUGGCUGCUUUAGAGAGAAAGUUGACCAAACACUUCCAGGUCAAAGAUUUCCUCUCUUUGGAGCAAGGCAACUUUCUGGAAUUCCUAGCAAAACACAUUCAGCUGCUGCAGGAGACACUGGGAUCUGCUGUUUUUCUGGGCAGUGGAAUCAUGGAUCUUGGUUUCAGACCCACCAGACAAGACGUGUUUGAGUUCAUCAACCAAUGUGGUGACAUAACCUCCACUGAUCCAAAUGAACUCUCCCACAUUGAGUCAGCGCUGAGGUCCCACUACAGGGUACGUGACAGUCGUGACCUGGGCUGCGGCACUCUCCACAUGCUGGUUGGCUUGGUCCAGCGCCAGAGAGGGCUGGCUGGUGGCGGACUGAGCCCCAUCUACUACGAGUCAGCUCUGUUUGCUAAACACUGCAAAUCGAGUCCUGAAGGUGGAUGUGAGGCAGUGGGACGCCUUGGUGAAAUGUCUAAAGCCCAGGCCCUGGCCAGCUUGCUGUCCUGCCCUCUUUUAGAGGAUUUAAGUGAGUGGAGCCAAUGGGAGCUGAUCUUUAAGCCCCUUCAUGGCUGCCUCAAAGAGUUCAUCGAAAGAAAUGCAGCUAAUACAGGCCUGGCAGCGUUGGAAGUGAUGCCAGGUUUGCUGCUCAGGACCACCACUCACACAGGGGACAAGCAUUUCUCCAGUGCCGCCACCAACCUUGACCCCGUCGGCACAGCCGGCCAUCUCGUGUCCAUGGUGGUAGCUGAUGGGAUUGUCAACGCUCCCACAGCCCUCCUGGCCAAUCACAUGCAGAGCUCCCUGGCGGCAGCUGUGGCUAAAGAAGAUUUGUCCCAGGCUGAAGAGGAUGUGUCAUGUUACAGCAGAGUGGCCGAAUUCCUCUUGGCGUGUUUGACUCGAAUCCCCACCAGGACGUGCCAGGCUCUUUUGCAGCAGGUGUUUUUGGAGCCUUUCUCCCGUGUCUUGGGCCAUGCCAAGUCUAAACAGGUCCUGAUUGCUGUGGCCCAGUCUGACCCGAAGCACAUGAUUUGCCUGCAUCGACUGGGCAUCCUCCUGGGCAUCACAGACUGGGUCAGAGACUACCAGAAGAAGCUGAACCCUCCACAGAGCCAAAAUGGCAUCAUGCACGCAGCUCCUGCAGAACACACCAAGUCUAAUUUGAUAGAUUCCAAGAGCAGCAGUCUGUCAGCUCUAAACAUGAGUGAAGAUGAGUAUCUUGAGGAUAACAUCCUGGACAGCAGCUUUGCCUCCUCCCACCUUGACCAAAGCCUACAGCAAGUCAAUGGUGAGGAAGAUGUAGAGGUUGAGGAGGGAGAGGAUGAAGAGGAGCUGUACGAGUUGGCCUCGCUUCAUAACGGAGAGAUCUCAGAUGUCAGCAGUGACGCUGAAGGAGGCCAGGCCAAAGAACAGUCAGAAAUGUCUGAUUCUAAUGAAACAGAUGCUGUCAGCUGCCAAUCAGAGACCACAUCAGAUCUCCAAAGAGUCAUAAUUGAGGACAUCAGGAAGGGGGAGUUUGGUAUCGGUGUGGAAUUGAAUGCUGAAGGCCAGAAGCUGAUGCAGGUCCACCAGGAAAGGCUGGGCCGCAGCUUGGACCGCCUUUCCACUGAACUGUACAGCAAAGACACACACUUUGUCCUGGAACUCAUUCAGAAUGCUGAUGACAACGGUUACCCUUCAGAGACUGGUUUCGUUCCAGCGCUGGCCUUUGUGGUGGAGAGACACUGCAUCACCGUUCUCAACAAUGAGACGGGCUUCCAGGAAAAGAACAUCAGGGCCAUCUGUGAUGUGGGUCGCAGCACCAAGGGCAAACACAAAUAUGGAUACAUAGGACAAAAGGGCAUCGGCUUCAAGUCUGUGUUUAAAGUGACAGACUGCCCUGAGAUUCAUUCCAAUGGCUUCCAUUUGCGCUUCGACAAGACCUGUGGCCCCAUGGGAUACAUCCUGCCCCACUGGGCUGAAGAUGAGAGGCCUCUGGACAUACCGCCAAACGACACGAAUCAGCACAGCUGGACCACAAAGAUCUGCCUUCCUCUGCGCUCCGAGAGCCAUCAGACCAGGAACCUGUUCCAUGACGUACACCCCUCCCUGCUGCUCUUUCUGCACCGCCUGCGCUCCAUCACCAUCUACAAUCAGAGUGAGAAGCGCCUCGUGACAAUGAUUCGAAAAGACCUCAGUCACAAUGUGUUAGAAGUGGAGCACACUGAGGGCACUGAGCGCUGGCUAGUGGUCAAAACCACACUGGAGCCCAAGAAGAUCAAAGAGGAUGUUGAGUCCACCGAGCUCGCCCUGGCUUUCCAGCUUGACAGCAGCAGCACAGAAAAUGACAUUGUAUGGCAGCCACAGAAACAGCCUGUGUUUGCUUACCUGCCCCUUCGCAGCUUCGGCUUCCGUUUCAUCAUCCAGGGUGACUUUGACAUCCCUUCGUCUCGGGAAGAUGUUGACAGAGACAGCUCAUGGAACCAGUGGCUUCGAUCUGAGAUACCUCAGCUUUUCCUCAAGGCCAUGGAUGUCUUCACUGAGCACCCAGAGUUCAGGGGGCUGAAUGGCCUCUGCCAGUUCCUGCACUUUAUCCCCCUGCCUGACGAAGUGUUGGACUUCUUCAAGCCUGUUGCAGGGCAGAUUAUUCAGUUGCUCAAGGGCAAGCGUUUCCUGCCUACGCUCAGCUCAGAUGGUAAGGUUGUGAACAAGCUGCCGUCCGAAGUGGCCGUCUGUCAGGACGCUGUGAUUCGCAACGUGAUUGGUGGAGACGAACUCGAAAGGCACUUGUCUCUGUCAUAUCUCCAUCCGAGUUUGAGCAAUGCGCCACCCACCUCCCUGCUCACUCACCUAGGAGUCCGAUACCUGAGGGGUUCUGAUGUUUCUACGGUAACCACAGCCAUGGCCAAGGAGCUGAUGAGAGUGGAAGGCAUCCAUUCAGAUGACGGCCUGCGUCAACUGGCCAGGCUGCUGGUUUGCAACUUCCGAGCUCUGGAGCACGGCUAUGGAGAGACGGACUCCGUCUUGCAGACUCUCAGGGGUCUACCCAUAAUCCCGCUGGCUGACGGACGCGUGGUGGCACUAAGCGAGGAGGGAGUGUUCUUUCCAAUGGAGGAAACCAAGACCAAGAAAAAGAACGCUCAGGCUCAGACAGGACCUCUGUCUGCGUUGUAUAAGGAUGUAAAUGUAGUUCACCCGUCUCUGCUGAACUGUGUGGAGCCUCUUGAGGGUCAGCAGGUUCGGGAGCUACUGAGAAGACUCGGUGUUCAUGAACUUGAGCCUCAAGACCUACUGGAGCAGCACAUCUACCCUACAAUAAAGAGCAACAAGUGGAAGUCGAAGUCAGAGGCCGUGGUGGUGAGUUACUUGGUUUUCAUCAAGCUGCACUCCUCCUCCAGCCAGGAGUACUCAGACGCUGCAGUGCCCGUCCUGACCAGCAGGGGUCUGUUGUGUCCGGCCAGCGAAAAGGUGCACUUCUCUGAAGAGUACGGAAACAUCGACCUACCAAAAAAACUGCCUGGCUGUGAUUGGGUUUUGCUGAGUCCCUGCUACGUGCAGACAGACAGCGAUGUAGCAGGUUGGCGGGAGCUCUUCAGCCGCCUGGGAGUCAGAGAUGGUCUCAUCAUCCGCAAACAGAGACAAACACUCACUCCUAAAGAACUGGCCUCUAGUCCCUGGUCAGCGGAAAGUGCGAUGUGGAACCUAAAUCCAAAGGACGGCUAUGUCCUCGAUGACUACCCUUGCGAGGAGUUUCACGCCCUGGCCACGGCCCAGCUGCCUGGCACCAUUCUCCUGCAGCAGAGAAUGGCCUUGCUGGAUCUGCUGGCGACCAACUGGGGAACUGGACACUGCUACUCUCAGUACCUCACAGCUAAGGUGGUGGACGGUGACGGGCGAGAAAUUAAAAAGACCAAGUCCUCCUUCUACCACUUCUUGUGUUUCCUUCAAUGGGUGCCUGCGUAUCGCCCUCUGGAAGGAAACCAGCAAGAGAGAAAGUACCUCAGUCCGAACUCAGUCUACCUGAACUUACCUGAGGUCACCAGCCUGCUGGGGAUUCAUGUGUGUUAUGUGGACCUAGACCCCAGCGAGUUUAGCAGAGCUCUAGGAAUGAGGCAGAGUAUCUCAGUAGAUGCUCUCAUAAACUACCUGAAGGAGUGGUGUGUCAAACAGGAAGGAGAUAAGGAGCAGAGACUGCCUGAGGACGAGUUGGAGGGGGCGAAUUUCACUUCCACAGUUCAGCACAUCCACAACGUCUACACCCAUCUUUAUAUGAACUGUCCCCAGGGCAGCCUGAAGGAGCUGUUCCAGCAUAACCCCGCUGUGUUCGUCGAAUUCAAAAGACGAAACGAUGAAUGGUGUUCAGGACGUUUCUACCACCUGAAAGAGGUGUGCUGGAGUGACCCAACGAGCAUGUUCCAGCGCUACAAACAGCUGACUCAUGGAGCAGACAGUCCUGUCCAGGAGCCCAAAGUCCUGGCUCCCUUCUACACCCCGCUGGAUGGCAUGAGAGAAUUCUUCAAUCUGCUGAAUGUGGAUCCCAGUCCCAAUAUGAAUCAGUACGUCGGUUUGUUGGAACUGAUCUGUUCAUCGUCUCCCAUUCCAACUGCUGAAGUGCUACAGGAUGUGUCUGUGCUCUAUGCCAGACUUGCUCUGAAGUGUUUGGUUCGAGUAUCUGGUGAUCAGGAAAACAUCCAUCAGCCCAAACUCGAUCCUGGUUACUGCUCCACCUUGAAGGGUAUGGUUUCUGAUAAGAAGGUUUUCCCCACCAAGGACAACACCUGGGUGAGUCUGGCACGCAAACCGAUGAUUCCUGACAACAAAGAGCUGGAAAAGGUCUUCAGACAUCACAAGCAGGUCUGCUUGCUCAACCUGCCAGCAGCAGAGAAGAAAGCUGCUCGCAAGAGCAAGACUGGGAACUUGGUGCCGGGAGAACGAGCCAACACCGUGCCAGCCUUCAAGGAGAGGGACCGAGCUUUGUUUCUGGAUAUCUGUGGGAUCCGUCAGCUGUCCAGGUGCGUCAAGACUGAGCCACAGACGGAGUCCCUGAGACCCUGUCCAUCCAUACAGGCCAUGGUGCGCUCCAUCGUACCCUACAUCCAGAGGUUCCUGUACUACGAGCAGCCCGAUGUCUAUUCAGAGCUGGUUGACAACAACUUUGGAGAGAAAAUCAGACGACUUAACUUCAGACAGGUGGGCAAGCUGUACAUUCGCUACCAGCUGGAUGAUGCUGGCGAUGAGGUGGUGGAGGUGCAGGAUGUUAACUGUCUGCUGAAGGAUGAGAAGGAGCUUUACAUCCAGAAAGAUCACCUCUCAGCCAACCUGGACAUCUGCAGGGAGCUGGUGAAACUUUUCUGCACGGAGAGCAGCCACAGGAAAGAUCUGAUGUCUUUCCUGACUUCCCUGAUAGGCUCACUCAGUGACUCAGGAUCCCUGAAGAGGUUCUUGCUCAAGGAGGACAUCAGAGAGCUGCCCGAUGAGGAGGAGGUGUGGGAAGUCCCAGAGCCCCCCAAGUUAGAUCUGAACCUGGAGAGAGUGCUAUCAAGGAGUUACUCCUCCAGCAGCACCCCAGAGGAGCCAUCUCGCCCUGCACAAGAGGAUGGAGAACAGACACUGGUUUGCUGGCCUCCUCGAGCAUCCAUAUUAAAUACAGGAGCCAGUCGCACAGUUCAUGCCGAUAGCAGUGUGGUGGAUGCUGUCAUGAAGAUGUGGCCGCCUCCUGCUGGGCCCAAAGAGAGAGAGCCAGAGAAGGACGUCGCCCUCAGAGGAAACAGCCAGAGUGCCAGCAGCACCAGCACCAGCAGCUGCGAGGCAAACCAGCCACCCAUAAGCAACAGACCUACAGACCAGCCUAGCCUUCAGACACUCCAUCCAGAAUGCAGUCAACAGAGUGAGACCACGAAGUCUGGCAGAGCCGAGGAUAGAAAAGAGAGCCUCACAGCUCCCAGACCUCCAUCUGCACAGCCUGCUGAGACAGCCAGCGAGCAGCCGGCUCCAAACAGCCUCAUUGUUCCUGAGGCCAUGGUGCUUUCCGGUACUUUCCAGGGGACCUCAGCUGCUGCAGAGACUGUGCGUCCUCCUCUGAACCUGGACUUCCCUAACUGGAAAACACAGGCCACACUGGAGGACAUGGAGCUCACCUGCCAGAGACCAACCACCGUGGUGUUGUCGGACGACGCCAAGGAUGUGGCUAUGAUCGGCGAGUGGGGGGAGCAGCUGGUCAACUCCUUCCUCUGCCACUGGAGAGACAGCAACGAGCCUGGACGACCCACACACGUCCUGUGGUGCAAUCAGAGCGGAGAGAGCGGCCAUCCCUACGACUUCAGGCUCACGUUUGGAGCUGCAGGACGGGAGACGUUGGUGUACGUGGAGGUGAAGGCGACCGUGAAGAGAGAGAAGUCGUUCAUCCACCUCUCUGCCAACGAGCUGCACUUUGCGCUGAAAGAGAAGGAGCGCUAUCACUUAUUCAGAGUGUACAGUGCAGGAGAUGCCCAGAAUGUUCGACUGUGUCGCAUUCAGAACCUGGCACAGCAUCUCCACACCAAAGACGUGGCACUUUACCUGUUCGUAUAGGUGUGUUUGUGGAGGUAUUUGCACUUUAUUAACCCGUACCACAACUGCACUGUAAACCAUUCAUUUGCCUCUGAAAGUCCCUCCUAACUGCACUGAUUUUAGUGUUUUUAUUUGUUUUAGUGCUGUAUGUUAUUUUGCUUGCUGAAAAAAUGUGCACAUUCCUUUUUCAUCUGACUGUUCAAGGUUUUUUUAUUGCCAGUUGUCUACACACAGUAAGCGUACAAUUUUAAAUUCUUAAGUGGAUUUUACCAAAUGCUAACCUUCUUUUUAAUUCCCGUUUCCUCACCUUUCCUCAAGCAUUACUUUGAAAUAAAAUCCUUUUUCUGACAGCUCAA